CGGCCGGGAGCGGGCGGCGGCGCAGCGCGGGGCUCCACCCGCGCCCCGCGGCUCUCCCGUCAGCCGCUGGCCUGCGGGGCCCGCCGGGGUCCGGAGCGGCCGCGGAGCCCGGGGCCGGGGCAGAAGGGCGGUGGCAGCGGCUGUCACUGCCGGGCCGGGAGCGGCGGUACCCGGAGCUCCGGCGGCCCCGCUCGGCAGCCCUGCGGCUUCCCCCCCUUCAAAAGCGAGAAGGCGCCACGAACACUCAUCGGCAGACGUCUCCGUCACCGGGAAUAGUGUCAGAGAGCAAAGCGCUGCGACCUGCCGCCGCCCGAGUCCCCAGGCUGUCUGUGGGCUUUAAGUGCGGAUUUGUUUCCUCCCUCCACCAAAGGCCUGAAGGGUAUGUUUUCACUUUCAGAGAUUAAAACCCAAGCGGCGCUGGCGAAGGACGGACAUGCUUGACACUUGUUUGCAGUUGCUUGUGUUGCACUUCGUUGUCUACUCGAGAAGGAGAGACUGAGACCCUGUUACUUGGCUUCUCGGGUCAUGAUAUAACUAAUAAUAAAGCAAAACUGUGGAAAGGGCACCUGGGAACUAGCAUGGUAGGAUCUUGAAGAGAAAAGUAGCGGUGAUCGACGGGAAGAGGAAGGGGAGGAAUGGCAUCCCGAGAGAGGCUGUAUGAGCUUUGGAUGCUUUACUGCAAUAAGAAAGAUCCAGAUUACCUGAAGCUCUGGUUGGAUAGUUUUGUGUCUAGCUAUGAACAGUUUCUGGAUGUGGACUUUGAGAAGCUGCCAACAAGGGUGGACGACAUUCCGCCAGGAAUAUCGCUGCUUCCUGAUAACAUUCUUCAGGUCCUCAGGCUCCAGUUGCUACAGUGUGUCCAGAAAAUGUCAGAUGGCCUGGAAGAGCAGCAGCAGACUCUGUCACUUUUACUGGUGAAAUUCUUUAUCAUCCUUUGCAGGAAUUUGGCUAAUGUGGAAGAGAUUGGGAUGUGUUCAUACAUUAACCAUGUUAUCACCAUGACUACGUUGUACAUUCAACAGUUAAAAAGCAAAACAAAAGAGAAAGAAGUGGAGGAUCAGACCUCCAUAGAAGAAUUUGUGAGACAUGCAUUGGCUUUCUGUGAAAGUCUGUAUGAUCCAUAUCGAAACUGGAGGCAGCGAAUUGCAGGACGGUUCCUUAGUACAGUUGAAAGAAGCAGACAGAAGUAUAAACCAGCUUCCCUCACUGUUGAGUUUGUCCCUUUUUUUUACCAAUGCUUUCAAGAAAGUGAACAUCUCAAGGAAAGCCUAAAAUGUUGCCUGUUGCAUCUCUUUGGAGCAAUUGUGGCUGGUGGUCAGAGGAAUGCUCUUCAAGCAGUAUCUCCUGCCACCAUGGAAGUCUUGAUGCGUGUUUUAGCAGACUGUGACAACUGGGAUGACAGAAACCCUGAGGAAGUGAGCAGGAAGGCAGAGCUGACUCUGAAGUGCCUGACAGAAGUUGUCCAUAUCCUCCUAACCAGCAGUUCUGACCAGCGCCAGGUCGAGACAAGUACAAUAUUGGAGAACUACUUCAAGCUGCUUAAUUCAGACCAUUCAGCCUUACCUAAUCCAAGGCGAUGCAGGCAGUGGGAGAGCAGAUUCAUAGCACUGCAGAUCCGAAUGCUGAAUACCAUCACAGCCAUGUUAGACUGCACAGAUAGGCCUGUUCUGCAGGCAAUUUUCCUUAAUAGUAACUGCUUUGAGCAUCUCAUUCGACUGUUGCAAAACUGCAAGCUGUUUUUAAAUGCUAACAAUAAAGUGGCAGACAAGAGUGAGAAAGACCUUACCAACAAAUUACUGACAGAAAUGAAUGAGGACCAGGUGUUUCAGGGACACCUGGACUCCUUGGCAGUAUCAACCAUUCAAGCCCUCACAGCAGUAAUGCACAAGUCUCCAGCUGCAAAGGAGGUCUUCAAGGAGAGAAUUGGGUAUGCACACAUAUAUGAGGUACUAAAAUCACUGGGUCAGCCGUCACGGGAAUUGCUGGAAGAACUCAUGAAUAUGGCUGUUGAAGGUGACCACAUGGCUGUUGGGAUACUAGGCAUUAGCAAUGUCCAGCCCUUAUUGCUGCUCAUUCAGUGGCUUCCAGAGCUAGAAUCGCAUGAGCUGCAGAUUUUCAUCUCCAAUUGGUUGAGGCGAAUCUGCUGUAUUGACAGACAGAGCCGUGCCACGUGUGUCAAUGCAAACAUGGUCAUCCGUAUCAUCGAGACCCUCAAUUCCCACUCCAUGCUCCACUGCACUUGUGCAGAGAACCUGAUUGCCCUGCUGGGCUCCUUGGGGAGCCAGUCCAUGGGCUCGGAGGAGCUGCUCCAGCUGGUGCGGCUGCUGCGGCCGGAGGAGCCGCGGGGCGCUCACCCGUACGUGGUGCCGGUGAUGCGCGCGCUGCUGGCCAUGGCGCGGAAGCAGGGCCUGGCCAGCGCCCUGCAGUACUUCAACCUGCACCACAGCAUGGCCGGCAUCGCCCUGCCCGCCAUCCACAGGUGGCCAGGCUCUGCCUUCUCCUUCAACGCCUGGCUCUGCCUUGACCAGGACCGGGUGGACCCCGGCACGACGGGCAAAAGCGGCAAGAGGAAGCAACUCUACAGCUUUUUUACAGGCAGUGGUAUGGGGUUUGAAGCCUUUAUUACGUGCUCAGGGGUAUUGGUGGUUGCAGUGUGCACAAAGAGGGAAUAUGCAACAGUGAUGCUGCCUGACCAUUGUUUUUUUGACUCUCUCUGGCACAACAUAACCAUUGUUCACGUGCCUGGAAAGAGGCCCUUUGGUCAGAGCCUCGUGUAUAUCUAUGUUAAUGGACAGCAGAAGGUCUCUGCCCCACUUCGAUUCCCUGCCACGAAUGAAUCUUUUACUUCUUGCUGCAUUGGUUCAGCUGGUCAAAGAACAACAACUCCUCCUCCCUCUCAGAUACCAGAUCCGCCUUUUUCCUCCCCGAUCAUGCCCCACCGGACAUCGCUUGGGGGCAUUCUUGCUCCAGGAAGUUGGGGUGGGGUUCUUGGAAAACCAGAGUUCAUCACCAAAAUGAUCUCAGCAGGGACUCAGGACAGUGAAUGGGGGUGUCCAACAUCUUUGGAGGGCCAACUUGGCUCAGUUAUUAUCUUUCAUGAAGCACUGCAACCUUCUCAGGUGAAAGCAUUAUAUUUAGCAGGUCCAAACUGUUUAACUCCAUGGAAAUCUCAAGAAGCUGAAGUAGCAGAUCUCCCCAGUAAGGUGCUGCUUCAUUAUACACCAAAGGCUUGCAGAAACCCAAUUUGCCUUGACCUGUCUGCAAAUCUUUUACAUGGAAGACUAACUGGAAACAAAGUAGUGAACUGGGACAUCAAGGAUAUGAUCAACUGUAUUGGUGGAAUGAAUGUGCUGUUUCCUUUGCUGGAGCAGAUCAGCUUUCUUGGUGCACAGAUGCCUGAGAAGUCUGAAGGAGAAACGCUGCCUCCAGAACUUGCAACUCCUGUAGAGGGUGACUGGGUGGUGUUUUCAUCCCCAAAGGCAUCAGAAGCACGUCUGGAGAAGAACAUAGUUGCAACUUUCAUCUUGAUGAUAAAACACUUUAUUCAGGGGCAUCAUGUUAAUCAAGAAAAUCUCAUUCACUCCCAUGGAGUUGCCACCCUAGGAGCCUUGUUACAGAAGGUGCCAAGCAUCUUAAUGGAUGUGAAUGUCCUGAUGGCUGUACAGUUGUUGAUAGAACAAGUCUCAGUAGAAAAGAACAUGCAGCUUUUGCAACAGAUGUAUCGCCACUUACUUUUUGACUUCAGCAUCUGGAACAGUGGUGACUUUCCCUUCAGAAUCGGUCAUAUACAGUAUCUUUCUACAAUCAUCAAGGACAGUAGAAGGCUCUUCAGAAAGAAGUAUGGUGUGCAGUUUCUUCUGGACACACUCAGGAUUUACUAUGGGACUGGUUGUAAAGACAGUGAUUUGGCUCCUGAUGACCUGAGGACAAUACGGACAUCCCUAUACGGACUGAUUAAAUAUUUCCUGAGCAAAGGUGGAACACAUGAAGAAAUUCAGAGCAUUGUAGGAUACAUAGCUGCCACCAGUGAUGAGGAGCAGCUCUGUGGAAUUUUGGACAUUCUCUUCAGCCUGCUUCAUUCCAGUCCAACACCAGACCAGCUUUUUUUAUUGCUGUUUGAGCCAGGGAAUGCUGAUAUUCUUUAUGCUCUGUUAUUGCAUCAGAGAUACUCUGACAGGCUUAGAGAACUUGUGUUCAAGAUUGUGGAAGAGAUGCUGAAAUGUACCAAAGUUUAUGAGCGGAGCAAGCACCGCAUGCGACUCAGAGAAGUGGGGUACUCCGGGCUGGGACUCCUUCUGAAUGAAUCCCCAGUUACUGUUUCUCUUAUUAAAAACCUUCUUAACCAAGUUCUGUAUGCAGAUCCUGCUGUGAAUUAUAAAGAUCUUCUAGCUGUAGUGUAUCUGGCUCAUAGGUCAGAUAUAAACAUGAGAGUGAUUAUCUGUAGAAAGAUUUUGCACCUUUUGCAUUCCCAAUUGGAUGCAGCACAACAGAUUUCUCAGCAGCUGGGCUGGCAGGACACUUUGGUUAGACUAUUCCUGAAAGAAAACUCAGAGGUCCGGAUUGGCUUAAAGGAGAACAGGACUGAUUCCUCCAGGGAAGAGGAUAAAAAGCCUACUGAAGAGGUUCAGAAACAUCAAGCUGAUAAGACAGAGGGAGAGAAAGCUGGCAGCUUUGCAUCAGUUAAUGGUCUGUUUGAUCAGUGGAGUUUAGAAGACAACAAAUCCCUGGACAUCCCUGCCCAUUUCUCUGUUAUGCCACUGGAAGAUGCAUCUGCAGCAGAGAUGUCUUUCAGGUCGGAGGGCCGAGGAGAACUAUGGCACAGUAAUCCUUCACAUUUGAGUUUAGAUUUGUCCAGUGUUGACUCUUAUGAACUGGCUGAUGUUGGGAAUCAGAUGACAGACAGCCAGCCCAGCACUCCCUCACCCACAGAGAGCACAAAGCCCUUCUCUGGGCAGCCUGACAAAGAGCUGGGUGUUACAAAUGACGAGGGCUUCACUGCUGAGCUUUCUAUCUUUGAAAACCAAGGAGGGAGUGAUAAUGAACUCAUACAGUUACUUACAGACAUCCUACUGUGUAUAAUGUGGAAAGGUAUUGAAAAAUCUGAUGAUGAUGCUUGGAUUGAGAGAGGACAGGUGUUCUCUGCUCUCACCAAACUGGGGAUGUCUAACGAGUUGCUGCGGCCUUCUGAUGAAAUAAAACUCAACUUGCUGGAGAAGAUGUUAGAAUGGUCAGUCACUGAUAACAGAGAUUCAAAAGCUCUCCCUACACAUGCUGAAAAUGCCUUCAAGCUCUUGCUAAUUGUCCAAGGCUUCCUGCAGGCAGAAGGACUAAUUAAUUCGAAUUUAUGGACAGAAAAGCUCUUGGAAGAAUUAGUGACUCUCAUGGAUAGUCUGUCCGUCUGGUACUCUGCUGGCCUAGAGGCAAUUAGGCUUUCACAGGUGCAAGUCCAGCUGCUCCUUGGAUUUAUUGCACAAGACAACUUACAGGUCUGUGCUAUGGCAGCAGCCAAACUAAACACCCUCCUUCAGACAAAAGUAAUUGAGAGCCAGCCUGAAGCAUGCUACCUUCUGGGGAAAUUGGAAGGCAUUUUGAGUAGGUCAAUUGAAGAGAAGACAGAAACUUACUCAUUUUUGAUUCCCCUUGUUCGGACAUUGGUAUCCAAGAUUUAUGAACUUCUCUUUAUGAAUCUGCACCUUCCUUCAUUGCCUCCUACGAAUGGCAGCCCAUCUUUCUUUGAGGAUUUUCAAGAAUACUGCAGAUCUGAGGAGUGGCAAGUUUAUAUUGACAAAUAUAUUAUUCCAAAUAUGAAGCAAUAUGAAGAGAAUUCAUUCAGACAUGAUAAUGAGCAGAUGGCACUUUAUUGGAAAGAUUGUUAUGAAGCAUUUAUGGUGAACAUGCACAAGCGAGACCGGGAAAGAGGAGAAAGUAAGCUUAAAUUUCAGGAGCACUUUGUGGAGCCGUUCAGCAGAAAGGCUCGUCAGGAAAAUCUGCGGUACAACAGCAUGCUCAAACAGCUUAGCAGUCAACACACAGCCACCCUGAGGCAGUGGAGAGCAGCCCAGCUUUACUUGUUCUCUGAGCGUGGGCCUUGGGCUGAAAGGAAACAGCGUCCUGUGCACUGGAAACUUUCAAAUGUGGAAAAUUUUUCACGUAUGAGACUAAAACUAGUGCAGAAUUACAACUUCAACUCUCAUCAGGAUGCUAGUGACCUGAGAGAUAACUUAGGUGUGCAUCAGACACAGCCUUCUAGUGAGUCUCUGCUUCUGGAGGUGGUGAAGCAGGUGAAAGUGAGUGACUUGGAAGAUGAUGUUCUGGAGCUACCAGAAGAAGACACAGCAGCCGGUUCCAGUUUGGAUGAGAAGGAUGAGGAAAGUCAGAAAGAAAAGCUAAUAUUGUCUGAAGACUGUGAACUCAUUACAGUAAUUGAUGUGAUACCAGGCAGGCUGGAGGUUACUACCCAGCACAUCUAUUUCUUUGAUGGUAGCAUUGAGAAAGAGGAAGGGGUAGGUUUUGAUUUCAAAUGGCACCUUUCUCAAAUUCGAGAGAUCCAUUUGCGUCGGUACAACCUGAGGAGAUCAGCUUUGGAGAUCUUCCUUACGGAUCAAACCAACUAUUUCCUCAACUUCACUAAGGAGGUACGAAACAAAGUCUACAGUCGGAUAUUGUCACUGCGUUCUCCAAAUAUUUCUGGGACCAGAUCGCCACAGGAGCUUUUCAAAGCGUCAGGCUUGAUGCAGAAAUGGGUGAAUAGGGAAAUAACUAACUUUGACUACCUUAUUCAGCUGAACACUAUGGCAGGACGAACUUACAAUGACCUUGCUCAAUAUCCUGUGUUUCCCUGGAUUUUGCGAGAUUACACCUCAGAAGAACUGGACCUGAAUAAUCCUGCAGUGUUUAGGGACCUGUCCAAACCUAUAGGUGUGGUAAAUGAGAAGAAUGCUAAGACUGUGAAAGAGAAAUAUGAGAAUUUUGAGGAUCCUCUUGGGAUGAUUGACAAAUUUCACUAUGGGACACAUUACUCAAAUGCUGCUGGUGUCAUGCAUUACCUCAUUCGGGUAGAGCCUUUCACAACACUUCACAUCCAGCUGCAGAGUGGCAGAUUUGACUGUGCUGACAGACAGUUCCACUCUAUUCCUGCUACCUGGCAGGCACUCAUGGACAACCCCAAUGAUGUCAAGGAACUUAUCCCAGAGUUCUUCUGCUUUCCAGAAUUCCUGGAGAAUCAAAAUGGUUUUAACUUAGGCCAACUUCAAAUGUCCAAAGAGGUGGUAAAUGAUGUUGUUCUGCCUAAGUGGGCCCACUCCCCAGAAGACUUUAUUUAUAAACACAGGAAGGCUCUGGAAUCUGAGUAUGUUUCUGCUCAUCUUCAUGAAUGGAUAGAUUUGAUUUUUGGCUACAAGCAGAGGGGACCAGCUGCAGUGGAGGCGCUCAAUGUGUUCUAUUAUUGUACUUAUGAAGGGGCUGUGGAUUUGGAUGCUUUAACAGAUGAGAAAGAAAGGAAGGCUUUAGAAGGAAUGAUAAACAAUUUUGGGCAAACUCCCUGUCAGCUGUUAAAGGAGCCCCAUCCACAAAGGCUAUCAGCAGAAGAGGUAGUACAAAGACUAACUAAAAGUGAUACCUCUACUCUGAAUCUCUUUCAACACCUCACUGAGCUGAAGUCAUUCUUCAUAGAGGGAGUUAGUGAUGGUGUGCCCAUUGUCAAAGCUGUUGUCCCCAGGAAUCAGUCACGUUCCUUUAUUUCUCAGGGAAGCCCAGAGAUCUUGGUAACAGCAAGUCUGAACUGCGUUAUUGGAACUCAUGGUUGGCUGCCUUAUGACAAAAAUAUUUCCAACUAUUUCACAUUCAUCAAAGAUACAACAGUGACAAAUCCCAAAACACAGCGCAGCAUGAGCGGUCCUUUUGCCCCGGGGCUGGAGAUCACCUCCAAGCUGUUUGCAGUGUCCCAUGACGCAAAGCUGCUCUUCAGUGGCGGACACUGGGACAACAGCCUCCGAGUGACAUCCCUUACGAAAGGCAAACUGAUGGGACAGCACAUCAGGCACAUGGAUAUUGUGACCUGCUUGGCAAUAGACCACUGUGGAAUUCAUUUAAUUUCAGGCUCCAGAGAUACUACCUGCAUGAUAUGGCAAAUAGUUCAGCAGGGAGGAGUGCCUGUUGGCCUCGCACCUAAGCCAUUACAGAUCCUUUAUGGGCACACUGAUGAAGUUUCAAGUGUUGGCAUCAGUACUGAACUGGAUAUGGCAGUGUCAGGAUCCAGGGACGGCACUGUCAUUGUCCACACUAUUCGGAAAGGUCAGUACGUGAGGACUCUGCGACCACCUUGUGAGAGUUCUCUCCUGCUGACUGUUCCCAAUCUGGCUGUCUCCUUGGAAGGCCAUAUAGUUGUCCACACCAGUGUGGAAGGAAAGACUACUCUCAAGGAUAAGAAUGCAUUACAUCUCUAUUCUGUCAAUGGGAAAUAUCUGGGCUCUGAGACUCUGAAGGAGGAAGUGUCCGAUCUGUGUGUAACUGGUGAAUACAUCGUCAUGGGCAGCUUGCAAGGGUUUCUUUCCAUACGGGAUCUCUACAGCCUGAGUCUGAGCAUCUCUCCGUUAGCCAUGAGACUGCCAAUCCAUUGCAUUUCUGUCACCAAAGAGUACAGCCACAUCCUUGUUGGCUUGGAGGAUGGCAAGUUGAUUAUCGUUGGUGUUGGCAAGCCGGCAGAGGUAAAACCCACCAUCAAGAACUUUUUCUACCGAACAGUGGGAAGUUCACUUAUUUCUGCUUUCCAGUUGAGCAAGAGGUCUCCUCUAUGGCAGGGUAAAUUUAAGAGCAAGUUUCAGUUUUCAGUGGGAAACAAAUAACUUUUGAAACUGCUCUACUGAAAGUUCUGAUUAAGAAUCAGAGAUGUAUAGGGAUUGCAGAUGGGAAGCUCAGCUGGACUAACUUCCAGACUUUAUCACUCACAUCUGAAUAAGCAAAGUCAUAAUAGCUAACCUUUUCCGAAUGGGAUAGUGUUGUCAGCCUCUUCUUGAUGAAAAAAUUUUCCAGAAGAAAAUUGAAAACGAAAGGGAGCAAGCUACUUUUUUUUUUUUUUUUGUGGUUUUUAUCAGAUAUCCUUUCAUAUGCAUUGACUGACAUUGGGGAAAAAGGUAUUACUUCUUUCUGUUGAGUCUCUAAUGACAGUGCACAGGGAAUCACUUCUGUAGGUUCCCAAUAUGCUUGUGCUCCAUAUCGUGAAUAUAAACUUUAUAAACUUGUUGGUCCUGCAUCUGCAAUAUCAGUUACAGAGCAUCCAUCUCUCAAAUAGAUAUGCCAAAUUUUUCUUGUGCAAAACCCUAGUUUUUGCUUUCAUUACUUCUUGUCAUGACUUUCAAAGCACUUGAGUUAACUUAAAGCUGCUUAUUAUCUUUAUAACUCAAUCUCUAUUGUACUGCUAUGUAUUUAUUUGAAAAUGUGAUUAUCACUUUUGCAUGAUCUUUAGUACAUGCCAGAAAAGUGUGUAUUAAUUCAAUUUUAUAUUUUAAAUGUGAAAACAGAGCAACUUUAUUUGUCAGUAUUUUUAAAUGUUCUUGCUAGGAGACACAUAGUUUAAUAUUGGAAAAACAUUCACACGAUGGUAGUCUGAUUUUGCUUGCACUGGAUGUGGAGGGGAGAAUUCCACUGACUUUCAGUUUUCUAUCAUAGAAUUGAAAAAGAGCUGAUUAUUAUGUGGUUAAACAUAUGGUUGUAACAGCAGUUUUAAAGCCACUGUCAUGUCUAAGCUUCCUAUCCCAUAGAAAAGAUCUUUUAUAGGCUGAAAUUUGUGUGUACCAUUAGACUGAAGGCAUUUGUUUUCUUAUUUUAAUUUUUUAAUCACAUCUAUUUUUCUAACUAUGCAGAAAGUGUUGUUUCAAAGACUGGAUUCCUUUUAUGGUUAUAGAGGCUUUCCAAUGACUUUUCCCAGGACUUUCUGUUUACAGUUCAGAUUAUAUGCAAGCUUAAUAUCUGUGUAAAUAGAUUUUUUUUUUAAACACAAACAUAUAAGGAACAUUAUGUCCCAGAUUUUCUAGUUUUCUAUAAUGGCAUCGAUCAAUAUAUUUGAAAAGUGUGUGUAUGUGUGGUGUUCAUUUGUUGAAUGACUUAGUUUGGAAGGAAUGUGUUAAUUCCUGGAACUUUAUCUGUAUACAGAAGACUUAUCUGUAUACAGAAGUGUUGUAGCUCCAGCUUUCAGUGGUGAUAUUGAUCCUUAGGACAAAGGACUGGAUCUUUAGCACAGACUUGCUUUGAUGUGCAAAAAGUGAAAUGCUGCUUGCUCUUAAGAUUGGCCUUUAGUGUUUCUGCACUGACAGUUUCUAAUACAGAGUAUAAUAAACAUUUUUGUACUUUUAACAAUUACUUAGCUGUUCUGGAUAUUGCAGAAGUCUGGGCAAUUACCACUUGUUAGUGUUAAUCCUGGUCAGCUGUGUCUUUUCUAGAAUACUGCUGCUGUGCUGAUACAGCUCUGAAGCAGGUAAUAUUUGUAGUAGUAACUGUGAGGAGCUGUUCUCAGACUUGUAAAGGCAUGGAUCUUAUUUAUUAAACUGCAAGGAAGUUCAGAAUCUAAUCAGCUGCCAGGCUGAUCACUACUGGCCAAUCAUCAACCUUGUGCUUAGGUAAUGAAGAGUUUCUUACAAACUGUUGUCAGAUUGUAGACCUACCAGAUGCUGGAUUUAAUAUGGCCUCUGGUUGCUUGUUAUCCAUCUUAUUCUGUGGAAUACUCACUAUGAAUUACUUCUGCUUUAAACAUUCCUCUGAGCACUUCACCCAGGAUCUUUGGAAGACUGUAUAAAUUUGACACCAGGAGAUAACCUUUCUCUGUUUCCUUUAUUCUGCUGUCACUGUCCUGCAUCUUGUCUAUUUUUUCCCCCACUUCUAGCAAUUUCUGUUUGAAAUCUCUAAAAUAAAAUGUCCUUUCUUCUCAUUUAGUUCAUUUUUGCUUGGCAUUCACCUCUUCUUUUCUUCCUAUCAAAAUAGCAAUCUAAACACUCUUUCUAGGCCAUUUGGUUAAGCAUAUGGGAACACAUUAGUGGGUAAUAUCCCUUUAGCUGCUCAAAUUCAGAGAAGACUGUGGUUAGUGUUUUGUGUCUUGUUUUUUGUCAGUCUCAAGAAUAAUCCCUAAGUGUAACUUUUAGUUUAUUUUCAAAUAAUUUUUGUUGGUAUAUUUUGUUUAUGCAGUACAUUGUAGUGUCUGCAUUUCACCAGAUUCAGUGUCUGAAUUCUUUUUUAAUUUAUCCACCUUAUCCCUUCCCCCUCCUUUUGUUUCUCUGAAUUACUUUUAAACAGAUGCGCUCAGGUCAGCUUUCCCGAAAGCUGUGGGGAUCAAGCAAACGGCUCAGCCAGAUUUCAUCAGGAGAGACUGAAUAUAACACUCAAGAUUCCAAGUGAUUGCUGCUUCUACAUUCUUUCAUGGAUUCCAGAAAAAUGUUUAAUCUUUUGGUCACUUUAGAUGUAUAAAUAUGGAAUUAGGGCUUUGAUUCUGAAGCCCUUUGAUUCUUGUUGAUGAAGAACCUAUGGCAGAGGUAUAGUAGUAAGCAUAUAUACUCAUGCAAGUUAGCCUGCUUGCAUAUUUGUCCUUAACUGUGUUGACUUGUUCACAGCAAAAUCCCUCUCUCAACAGCUGCUAAAACUGUGUUUUGGGAGGGCUAUAAAAACCCCAAACAAUCCCCUCACAAGUCUUCAAACCCCCAGAUUACUAAUUGAAUUUAAGAUAAGUAGCAUUUGAUUUAAAGCUGAGUAGGGCCAGAUGCUCCAUGAUAACAAACAAGAUAUUUGGCUUUGCCUUGACAGCACGAGUAUUUUCCAGUAAAUUAAAACUCUGGUAUUUGCAAUGGUUGGGUUCAGAAUGAAUAGAUGAUGGUUACGACCUUCACGAUACGUUUUUUAGCCUAUUGAACUUUAUUACAGCUUGUUUGUGUAAAUAGCUAUUGCUCUCUUCUUUUGUGUAGUUCCAAUUUUAGGCUGUUCUGCAUGGAACAUCUGUGUUUUGCACUACUUUAUCAGAAAUUGUUUUAAGUACAGACAUGAAUAACUUCAAAGGAGUUGGAGGUGGUGAAGGAGCUAAAGGAGGUAGGAAAUAUUGCUGCUGAAAAUUAUUUAUAUUGUUAAGUAAACUUACGACAUGCACCAAGAAAUCCCAUUAUAUAUUUAACAUCUUGCAGAAAUACCCAGGAAGACUCGUUAUCUAUAUUGGUCAUGUAUCAAUCUGCUUCAUUAGUAAGGCAACUUCUACAAACAAAAGAUAAAUUUCCACUGCAGAAUCAUUAUGCAACAUUGCAGCACAAUUCAAUUAAAAAUAGCACCUGUUUGUUUCUUGGCUUGGUGUUCACCAAACCAGUUGUUAGCCAUAUUUUUUUCUGUAAAAAUAAACAGGGGAAAACAGAUGAUAUAUCCAUUUCCUAAAUGCAUUUAAGACCUGGUAAAAGAAAAUACCAGAUCCUUAUGUAUGCUGUAUCAAAUUUCUUACUAUGUUUUGGAGAAGCCAUUACUGAUUUUUUUUUUUUUUUUUUUUGUGUUUAGCAGUACAUGAUGAUAGAAGGGUAUGCAUUUUCCUAGCAAUCUGAUAUUUUUCUAAUGUUACUGAUUGAAAUUAUAAACCCUAUACUGUUAGAAAAGCUGGGUACUGAGGGAAAAAUAUAAAUUUCCAGAUCAGUGUGCAAAGGUGUGUGUGUAUGUGUAUAUAUGUGUGUGUAUGUAUAUAUGUAUAUUCAUGUAUGUAUUAAAAGAAGAAAAUCCCAUGGGGUGAGGGGAGCACAGACACAAGGCAGGUGUAAGGAUUGUUAGCUAGUAUGUUCCCUUUUGGAUCCCCCUUUCUUCCCUCUACCAUUGCUUUUCUUGUUAUUUUUUAUUUAUUUAUUGAAAAGAAUGUGUGUUAUAUCUCUCAUAAAUGUUAUCAGAUAUUCCCUGUGGCUAGGGAGUUGAACUACCUGAGGAACAUAAUGUAUAAUCUCAUUUCAUUGACUUUAAGCAUAAUAUUUAUUGACUUUAUAAAAAUAAUAAUAUCUCCUUACCCUGCUAAAGGAUAAUCUUUACAAGUUGUGUUAGUCUCAUUCAAACGGAUUUCUCCUUCUCACUUUCUUUACUGGAAAAAAAAUCCCUCUUGAUGCUUGAUUGGUGUACUUUGUAAAGAAAGCUGUGUUGCAUUUUCUUAACUUUUGUAAGCAAAAUAAAUCAGAUUAGUGAACAAGUGGGUCUAUGCAUAGUUGCAAGAUUCUGCCUAAUCACUGUGACAGACUGGAUUGUCUGGAAAGUUAGGAGAGAAUAAGAAUUAUUUUCUUGAGUCACUUGCCAAGAGAAGAUUAAACUUCCAAAAGUAGUGUGGUUCUUUUCAUACUCCAUGUAUGUUAAAAAAAAAAAGGAAAUUAACCUACAUCCCAUAUUUUCAAAUAAGCUAUAGAGAAGUGAAAAAUACUAUUUUUAAUCAAUUACCUAUCCAGUAAGAAUACUAAGGAUACUGUGGAAGUAUUAAGUUUGUUUAUGAGAAUGUGAAGUAUGUUUGUCCGUUAUGAUCUAAUGAAGAAGGGAUUUCAGGGGAGAUCUGUGUAGAUUAGUUUAGAAGUAUUUCAGCUCAGAAUAUGAGAUAUUUCUGUUUUAUGGGAGAUUUUAAAAACUCGGCUUGGGCAUUGAAUUGACGGGUUUUAUGUGCAUUCAUUAAUAUUGUGUUUAAAUGCCUAGACAAGGCUAAGUGUUUAUUUGGAGGGGAAGGGGGCAGGAAAUUGUCAUGUUCUAGGCUAUGAGAAUGAAGUGGAAAAAGGGAGAUGGGUCUUAUGUAGUGUUUGGUGGGAGCACAGUUUUCUUCUUGUCACUUGCACAGAGUGGUUUGCAUACACAUUUGAAAACAUCCUGUUCUGUUUAUACAACAGCUGAAUUAACAUUUUUCUAUAUUAAAGAAUAAUCAAUGCAAUGUGUCAGUUUAAGUAAAAUAUAAUGUUGCAAUAAUUGAAAUAACUUAUGAUUAAGACCUUUGACAUUUGAAUACCAUAAUUUCAGUGCAUCAUAAGCACUGGGUGAUCAUCACAAAUACCUGAGACAGGUUUAAGUGUGGAAAGUUCUUGGGCUCUCAAACUCAAGGCUGGUCUGUGCUCAGUACAAAGCAGCAGCAGCAGAAUGAGGAGGGGGCAGGUGAGCUCUGAGCUGCUGCUUUAUGCCCCAGGUAGAAUGGCAACAUCCAUGGCCUUUGGAUCUGAGAUCUGGUCCUUGGGGGUGGGAGGUGAACACCAUCACACCUUGGUUUCCUUGCCAGAGGCCAUCUGGAAGGACCUCCAUAGCUGUGAAGUUCUGCACUUUGCCUUUGUUUAAAACCAGCUUUAAAUAAAAAAUGAAUCCUAAGUGUAAGCAUAAGGUGGUAUGUUGUUUCUUUUAGGUUUAAUUUAUUUGCAUAAAAAGUAGACAGUAAUGUUUAAAAACAGAAAAUAAUUCUGAUCAGCUUCUCAGUCAGUUGAAUUGCAGCCUCUUACGCAGUGCACUGUGAACUGGUGAACUGACUUUCAUAAUUCUUUGAUUUCCUCAAGUCAAGAAAGCUUAAAAUCCCAUUUUUCAGGUAGUAUUGGUGAAAUAAGAUUCUCCUUUGGUUUUGUUCAAAGGUUUGUUUAAGUGUAAAAAGUGAAGUUUUGAGAUUAUAGGCUUCCAGUGAGGAAUUUAGAACAAACAAGUCUUAAGUGACAUUUAUUUCAUAGCACUACAUUUGUCAAGAUCUUCUUUGAGAUAUCUUCAUAUAUUUAAUUUUUGCCACAACUUUAAUAAUAUUUAUCAAAGUUUAACAUAUGCUUACCUUUGAAGAUGAGUAACUAGGAGUGUAAAUAUAUAUAUCAAAAAGAAACUGAAAACUGACCUACUUUUCAUACCUGUAUAUAAAUUAGAUAAAGUAGUUAGCAGUAUUAACUUUUUCAUAGCACAGUUUUGAACUUGCGUACCAAAGGGUAUUUAGAAGACAUGUCUCCUUUAUUUCAAGUAAAAUGUUUGCUAAAUUUCUCUAAAUCAAUUUACUUAUAAUUCUUGAUAGUAUUUUUAGUUGUCUGUUUAGCUAUAAUGAAGAAUCCCAUCUAGUCUUUGCUGGGUUUGAACUAUACAAGCAUAAAGAAAGUGAAAUCUGACUUAGGCAAAUUUUUCUGUAACCAAAAUACUUAUCCAUUACUCAUUCACAGGCUAUUUAGAAACCACAUCUUCUAUCAUCCACGGACCUUAGCAGCACAACAUAAUAAUCCCAGUCCUAAAGUAACUGCAUUUGUCCUGAUGAUUACUAUACAUUGUGGAAAUUAGAUUUUCUUAGGAAAAUAAUUCUUUGAUAUUAAAAAGAGUAAAAAAAGAAAAAAACUAAACCAACCAAACCACCCACAACCCCCACAACUUUCCCUCCAAAAAAAAACCAAACUCACCCACAUCCAUAUUACAGUUGUUUUGCUAAUCUGCAACAUUGAUUUAAACAAGCUUUUUCCUCUCUGGCAUACCUUAGAUCAUGAAUAUUAUCACAAAACAGGUUUAUCAGUCUUCACAGGCUUUAAAUAGCCAAGUAAAUUGGCUGUCUUAUAAGGAUCCCCUUGAAAGUUGUAUUUCUUUGUCCUUUAAAUAAGUGCAAAGAACUAAAUUUCUGCACUGGAAAAAUUCUUUAAAAUAGUCCUGCAGGAAUGAUAUAUUUAUUUUUGUAAUGCACAGAUUUGGUAACUCCUGCCUUAGUCAAUGGGAGCUGUAUACCUCACUUCCCUAAACCAUGUCUUCCUCCUCCCUGUUUCCUUUCCAAACCUUUCCCAAUCUUUAUUAACAAAAUCAUUAGAAGAGAUAAGUAAAGGAACCAAAUGCUGUGUAUGUGUAAUUAGUUGAAAACCAAAUUUUACUGUGUAUGUGUAAUUAGUUGAAAAUGUGUAUCUAUAUACAGAUUAUAGAAUGGUAGAGAGCUUUAGAGCUAGAACGGGUGCAGAGAUGCCGACCUUCUUCUGCUCCUAUAUUGAGUCUCUGUAGACACAUGCUCUGUACUGUCACCUGAAACAUUCCUGUCUUCCACUGCUAAAGGCACCUUGCUGACUAUGUUAAAUGUUGAGCUGAGGUGCUCUGAAUAUUUUUUUCCCUUUCAAUGAAUUUUAAAAAAAGUGUGCACAUAUAAAUGCAUAUCUUAAUGUGAGCCUAGGGCCUGAUCUAAUAAAUACUGUUAUGUGAAAGUACUACAUAGGGUUGUAUUUAUUUGAAGGGAAAUUCAAGCAUGUGCUUCAGUGCUUUCUAGGUCUUUUUAUGCUUUCUGGCUUAAAAGCUGUGUUGGUUUUGGCUGCAAACAUGACACUUCUUGGUAGUCUCCUUUUGGGGAGAGUAGGUUUCCAUGGUAUCCUAUACAUGUGGGUUCAUUGUAUGCCAAUGUUAAAGUCAACUGAAGUGUUUGGAAGAUAUCUUCCAUUCCAAGGAGCCAAUCUUACCAUUAUUAAAUUGCCUUUGUAAGCACAUACUUUUGAAGGAAGCAAGUUUUCUAAAAAGCUACUAUUAAAAGUAAAUUUAAAUUUACCAUUUAAAUUUGGUAAAAUGCUAUUGUUCCCUUCUUCAGUGUUAUGGAUAUCAGAUGCCUGAAUGUAAAAAUGCUUGAGUGGCACCAUAGCAUGCUCUGCAUUUCAGUUGAGUGCCAUUCACCUUACUGCUGUCUUGAACAUACAUGAGGAACUGCUUGCAGUGCUUAGUCCAAGGUAGCCUUUGUUCAGUUUUAACUCACCUUUUUGCUGUGCAUCUGUGAAGAAGACUGGUGUGUCUUUCUUUUAGUUAUCAUUUACCUAAGUGGCCCAAAUAAAAUAGGUGUUUCACUUGUUUUCAAUAGAGUUCAUUCAGUGUGUGUUCUUCCUAGUUUUGUCCAGUGGACUUGAGAAAUUUGGCAGGUAGUUCCAGAGUUCAGGGCUAUGCUUAUAUUCAGCACAGACAUAAUUUCAUCACACAUCUUCUGUCCCAGAAGCAUGAUUGUCAGUACAGAUUAUGGUUUAAAGCUGCUAAGGUGUUCUGAGAUUGGAAUAUAAAAAAUCCAGCCAUAUAUAUCAUAGAUCUAACUGAACUUGGAGGCCACUUGUUUAUUUAGCUUCCUACCUAGUCAGUAUUUUCCUCUCAAGGGAGCCAUAUUUUUUGCCUUGAAAUAGCUUUAAAAUAAACGUAAGUCUUGCACCUGACAGUACUACUUUAGUCAUAUGCAGCAGUGAGCUGUUUCUUAAAAAAAGCCAUAGGGGAAAAAAGAAUCCAAGAAAAGCUUGCAGUACAUAUUCUGAUUCUGCAGGACAGCUUAGUAUGAGAAUAGAGAUAUGCUGCAUGUGAGACUUGGCCUCCCUUUGGUCAGUGUUCUGAUGGAACCUGUGAUGCUACUCAGUUUGCCUGAUGAAUUUUUACUGAAGCUAAUCAGGGGGUGGAAGCAAAGGCCUUACAGCAAAGUUAACCGUAUCUUCUGAUAAUUCUUACAGAUUGUGCAAUUACAUUAUUACAAAUGGAUCUUUAAAUGCCAAAAAAUGCCUUUUUAAUGAGUUAAAUGUUAGGUCUGAGGAGUGUUGGAAAUAGCUACUUUCAGAAAUGAGCCUUCAGGCACUGUAAUGAACUUGCUGUCUGUCUUCUGUGCAAUAUCUUUUUCCCUCUGGGUGCUUUAAGAGUAAACUGUAUGUCUUACUUUGUUUUUUGAUCAAUAUGUUUUAAGAGUGUGUAUAUUGGCUAAUGAUGGGUUUUUUCCUGUACAGCAUGGUGGAAGAUGUUUUAAAAUUUUGCACUUUUCUAGGAUUUGCAAGUUUGUAACCUGAAAAUUUUUAACAUGCACACUUUUGUACAUAAUUAGCAUUGUAUAUAUUUAACAUGAGUCUGAAGCAAAUAAAAGUAAUUGAAUGCA